AUGGCAGAGCAGUGUCAUCAGCAGCUAAUAUGCGGACACAUUCAAUCGUUAGAAGAGAAAAUAACGCUGUGCAAAGAGAAAAUAUCUUUGCCUCUGAUGGCAAGGAUGAUAGCCAACUGCUCCAUUUUGAUUGGCGGGUAUGGCAAUCUGCAGCACUGCAGAAGUUUACGUCAUAUCUGGUCCUUGGUCGAAGAAGCGACAAGCCUUCGCAGAACAGUACAGAGGGGAAAAGAUCCAGACUUUGACAUGGUUCUUCUAUACUUCGAUUGGGCUUUCAGUUUUUAUCUGUGUUUGGGAACUCUGGUAGACACGUUUAAAAGGCAGAUUUACCAGCCCCUACUGGAGAAGUACCAAGAGCAAAGGGGACUGGGAAAAGCCAAAGUGGACAGAUUGACACUGUCCUCACGACGGAGCCAGUUGUCUCCCUUUUCUUCAGAUAGCGGGUUCAGUGCGACGUCAUCUGGGCAACUUGUGACAGACAUGGAUACAAAUAUGACGAGCGUUCCGAGCGGAUAUGACAUCACUCAACAACGACCUUGUGCAGCGAUUGGCCAGUUGUAUGGGGAAUACGAAGAAUUAAAAGAACUGUACGAUUUUAAGGAAAUCGAACAGACGUUGGAACGUAUACAGUCGCUAUUGUCAAGUCUUGACAUACUGUUAAGUAGCGGAGACAUCGACGAAGAUUUGUUCAGCCCUGACAGUUUUGCGACAAUAUCUCAUUUCAUGAUAAAGCAGCCUGUUUUAAAUGUGCUGAGGUUGUUUCCGGAUGUCCUUAUUAAACUGGAAAAAGCCGCUUGGUUAGCAAAUAAAUGGGUACGGUUGAACGAAUCCAAGACAAACAGUGUUAUGGAGAAACUAGAAAAAUUGACAAAAGUUGAGAGAGCUUUGUCAACACGUGUGAAUAAAGUCAAGACAGAGGUUAACGUUAUGGAAGAACGGUUGGAGAAGCAGGUUUUGGAGUUGAACUCUUAUCUGGUUAGAGAACAAAAAGCCGGAGAGAUGAAAAUUGCCUUAUAUGAACUAGACACCAAGAUAGCUUUGUUGAAAACAGAGUUGGGUAAUGUAAGACAUGAAAAAAAGCAAAUCAAGCACUACAUAUUUCUUGCCAGCCGAAAGAACCAAUCAGCAUCGCUGAAACAACUUGAGAAUCACUAUCGUCGAAAUCAGUUACAGCGCUAUUCAUUGGCUGUUCGCAUAUCGUCUUUGUCCUACCAGCGCGCUAUAAUGCAGGACGAUCUAAAGACUGAACUCAAUUUAAACCCAUCUUACGUGGCUUUUACAAACUCAUCACAGGAGAUUUGUGACGAAUUGGAAACUUCAUUGAAUGCAAAGUGUAGAGAAGAGACCUUGUUACAAAGAGCGCUUGUAUUUAUAAGGGAAGAUCAGCAAUCGCUGUUGUCCAACAUGAAGGCGAAACCAUAA